AUGUCGGUCUUAGGAGGAAUGCACCACACGUUAAUAGGGAGACUCGCGUCAAGUGGAGAACUUGAGCAGAAAAAUGAGAUUUUCGAUAUCUUCAACAGGGCUCGUCCGCUACCUAUGGAUUUGCUUUCGUUUUUAGGGCAUCUCCAGGACCGCCUUUGUUGUUCAGACGUUGUUUUUACGUUGGGAUUCGUGUUGCUAGACAAAAUUCUAAAGUCUUACCCAGCUUUUUCCCUCACAAAUAGGAAUAUACAUAGAAUCGUAUUCACCUCGGUGUCACUCGCUUUCAAAUUUUCAGAAGAUAUAACCUUUUCAAACGCCGCUUUGGCGAAAAUAGGGUUGGUGACUACAGAGGAGUUACUUAGACUAGAAGCUUCAUUUCUCGCGGCAAGUGAUUGGUGCAUUUGGAGCGAUGAAAUCUCAAAAAACUUAGAAGAAUAUCUGGACGUUUUUUCAAAAUUCGAGACCAAAAAAGAAGCGUCAAACUACGACAGCGACGAGUCGUCCACUGAAGAAACAUCAGGAAGCUUUGAAGACUUGAGCGAUUUUUCAGAGCUCAGCGCUUUCUUUACAUCUGAAAAUUCUUUAUUGUAA